AUGGAAGAUAAAAAUAAAAAAAGUAAUAAAGGAAAAAAGAAAAUUAACUCGAGCCCCAAUAAAGUUGUUGACCAAUCAACUAAUAACAAAAGUAAAAUUACUUUGCUAGAACAAGACCAUGUCGCUAAUACCAAUGAGGAAUUCAGUCCGGGACCACAACUUACUGCUCGUACAAAAUUAAGUGACGGGGAAGGUGCUGUAGAAAAUGCAAAUAUAAGCUCAAUCAUUGAAUAUGAACCAGAUCAACAAACUACUAAUUCUGGAGAAGGUUCAAGUAAUCAAGACGGUUCUACAUCACAAAAUAAUGAAGAUGUUCACAAUGAAAAGAGAAAUUCAUCAUACAUUUAUUCAUUAGUAAAGUCCAUUGCCAAAAAUAUUAUUAAACCUAAAGAAAACUCAGAUGAUGAUGGUGAAACCAUGGAAAUCAUAUUUCGUGUACAUUUACCUAAGUUUCGUCACGGAGAACCUGUUGUAGUUGGUAGUAUUGAGGAACUUGGUAAUUGGGAAAAACCUAAAGUUAAACUUAAACAAUAUAAAAAAAAUGUUUGGAAUUAUACAUCUUCAUAUUCGUAUUGGUAUUCAGAACCUAUUCGUGUCCCUAUCAAAAGAUUUAAGGAAAUUGUUGAAUAUAAGUAUGCAGUAUCUACAAACAACUUACAAUUUGAAGGAAUUGGCCCGCGUGACAAUCGUGUGCUAGAAAUUCAACGUCAAAAUUUUGAUAUUUGGAAAAGUAAUUCUCAUCAUUUUAUUUCUAAAUUCGAUUAUAUGUUCUUGGACGUCAUUUAUGAAUCCGCAACUUUAGAAAACAUCAAAAAUGCUAUUUGGGAUUACGAAUUUAUCUUAAAACGGCAUCGCGAAUUAACUUUAUCCGUAACGAAUAUUCAAUUUAUUAGCAAACAUGUAUCGGAUACAUCUAUUGAUAGAAAUCAUUUUUUAUGCUUUCUUUUAGGACAUUGUCCUAAUAAUUACGGAAGAAUUGAAUUACCUCGCGAUUUUAAAUCCGAUAUAUUGCUUAAAGCUUUAUUCACAGUAGAUUCUGACACAUUUCCAAAGGAUAGUUGGCAUAUUGUAGUUAAAGGACUUGACCUUUUAAUUCAUCACAAUAUUAGUUAUGGAUUAUACGAAUGGAUUAACAUCUUUAACAUUGCACGAAAUAUCGAUCCUCAAUAUAAGUUCAUCGAAACCAUAACUUUUGCUAAAUGUAAUGAUGACAAAUAUAUCGAAAGUUGUUUUAGAAUGUUGUUGGCACGUGAAUAUGAUGAAAAUAUUCAUGAAAAAAUUAUCAAGUGGUUGAUGAGCCAAUGUAAAAACGUGAAAAUUUUAUCAAUCGUUUGGCGAUCUUCAAAUCGAGAGAAGCAACUUCAACAAAAUUUGAUAGAAUGUAUUAAAAAAAUUAUAUCUUCAGAUGACCCUGAUAAUUUACAUAGAAAUUUUAUUGAGCUUCCUGAUGACAUCAGAGAUAUAGUCUCUGACCUAUUUAGGAAAAGAGUACUCGACAUAUUAAUCAAUGGUCGUCGUGUUAAUUGGAAUAAAUCCAGACACCAAUCGAUUUUUAAUCUUUUAAAUUCUGUAAAUCUACUACACUGGACAAAAGAAGAAUAUAUUAUUGUGUUGGAAAUGGUGUCAAACUUGGAAGAUUUUCAGCUAUUAAGCGUAUUUCCAUCAUUACUUGCAAAUUGGAUUGAAAAGUCUAAAGGUAUUGAUAAUAAAGUAGCUAAAAUAUGUACUCGAUGGUAUAAAAAGAUUUUGGAUAUAAUGGAUCGAAUGUCUCAUUCAACGGAUCAUAAAGGAGAAUACGUAACCGAAGUUUUUGAGAAAUUUUCAAACAUCUGCAAAUUAUUAGUAAAUGAACAAUCACUAUUGGACGACUUGAUGGAAAUUACGAUCAAUCGUAUAAGACAGUCUUCAGAAAAAUUAAUUUUCUCUGUCACUUCUAAAAUUGAUAGCUUUAGUUCAGAAGUGGUAUGUGCAUUUACAAAAGUUAUUAAAGAAAAAAUUGAUUCAAUGGAAUUAGAUCGCGAUAAAUAUUUGUUAAAGAAAGUGCAAGUUAUAUGUGGUUGUACUGAUAAAAAAAGUCUUGAGAUACCAAAUGAAUUUUGUGAAACAAUCUUACUUCUCAUCAUGUCACGUUUGCAAGAGAAUCUUAAUUCAGAAGUAUCUUUGCAUGAGUCCACUGAAUUCUGGAUUGUGAUUCUACGAGCAACUGGAAGUACAAAGAGGUUUCAUUCACAUCAAUUUGUACAAGAAGCUAGAACAACUAUUAUCGAGUUAGCUGAGAUCAUUAAAAACAGUUCCAUUAAAAUUCUACCUCUUCAGGAAUUGCUUGAUCUUAAUGAUGAUAUUCUUCAUUUUUAUUUAAAUUCUGCAAAUUAUGAUAGUGAAGAAAUCAUUACCAAGGAUAUAUUGGUUAAGGUUCGUCAGAAUUGUCGCUUCUAUGAACUGAGUUUGAAAAAGCUUGGCGAUUUCUAUAAAAGAUUUUGUCCGCUACAAAAAUCCAAGGAUGUGCAAAAUUAUCUUGAUGAAUUAAUAGAACGAAGCAAUAAACUGAAUACAAUCUCACUAGAUGAAUCAUUAUCCGAAGCACAUUGGAGCUUCCAUAAAGGAGUUAUUUCAAUAGCAAAGGUUACAUAUGAUCUAAACAAAUCUCAAAUAUUUUAUAAUGUUUUUGAAAAACGAUUAAAUGAAGAAUCUAAUGAUUUGAGUGUUGAAUAUAUAGCACAAACGUUAAUGAAAAUGGUUUUAAAGGAGUAUAUUGUUAAAUGCAAGCAUUAUGAAAAUUGGGAAGAUCUCAAAUUCUCUGAGGAAAUACCAUUUUGGUGUAAUGUUUCUAAUUUUGAUGAUGAGCUUAAGUUAAUGGAAAGAUAUAGCAAGAUUUGUAUAAAUAAAGGCAAGACGUUCAUGAUGACGAUAAAAUAUCUAUCCAGAAAUACCGAUUGGAAAAUUCGUAUAGAAAAUCUAUCAAAAAUUAUUAAGGUUUUCAAAAUUAAAGAAAACUGGCUUGACAAUUUGUUUGAUCACGGAAAUUUAGGCAUAUUUAGUAACUCCAUUGAAACUAUUAAUCAAAAAUUUUCCAAAUUCGAUAAGAAUAGUUGGGAUUUUAUCAAAGAAUUGUCACGAUCAGAGGAAUUUCUUGAAUUCUUAAAAGAUAAAACAGAUGAUGAUUUGAAAAAUUUGAUUAAUGGCGUCGAUGAACACUCAAAUACCAGAUUGAUUCAAGAAGGAACUAUUUCUUCACUUAUUCAAAUCAAGCAAUUCGUAUAUCCACUGAUGAAUGAUCCAAAUUUAGUUAUGGAUACUUUAUUAAAAGAAUUUAAUUAUAUUAACCCUUCAUUAGCAAGUAAAUUGUCAUUAAUUAAUAGUAAUGUCAUGGCGAUAAAAAAUAUGUACAAAUCCAUCUAUAACAAAGUUGAAUAUACAAAGGAAAAGAUUCAAAAUGCUGUAAAUAUUGGUAUUUAUGAAUUUAAAAAAGAAGAAAUAGAUGAAGAUUGCAUUUUGGAAUUGUCAUACCCCUACAAAUUAGAAACGAUGAGGUUUAAUAUUAGCGAGUUACAGGAUUUACGUAGCAGAGCUCUUUUAAUUUCAAAACCUGGUUCUAUUGGGCAAAUGGAUGAUGAUAUCGAUGAUAUGAAAAUCAAAAUGGAAGAAUUUGUGAAUCAAGUUGACAUUGCUCAAAGUAUUAUUAUAAUCAUGAAAAAAUUAACUCAAUUAGGACAUUUCGGAUAUCGAGAAUAUAAUGAAUCAACUAAAGGUACUCGUAAUUUAGAGAAAAUAGCAAAGCGAUUGAGAACUGACUUGGAAAUAUGGGAGAAUAUUACUAACCGAGCACAAGAAAAUUGUUAUUACCUAACGUUUUAUCCAGCAAGACAUGUUUUAGCAUUUUAUGACUAUUAUACAGAAAAUGGCGAUCAAUUUGAAAUAAAGGAAACUUGUCAAACACUUGUGUCAUUCGUCAAUCGAAAAGCCAAAUUACCACCAAUAAUUGGAUUAUAUUGUAACAAGGAUAACUACGAUGAAGUUUUAGAAGCAAUUAACUAUAGAUUAGAAUUCAUUUUUGGAACCCUUGAAAAACAUGCACGACCAGUGAAAAAUUCCGAGGAACGCGUAAUUUCAGAUACAGUGAAAUGUGGUGAAUUAUUUGUCGCAGCUUGUGAUGACAAAUCGAAAGUUCCUAAUAUAAUAAUGUCAUUUUAUGUCAACCAUGGAUUUUAUCCUGAACCUUGGCAACUUUUGAUAUGUAUGACAUCUACUACAGAAGAAGAACUUUCAAUUUUUAUCAAAAGAUGCUUUUUUGCAUCAAAAAAUGGUUAUGAAGGUCAUUUGUUCUGCAUUGCGAAUUUGGAAUUAUUAGAUUUUGAAUUACAGUACUACCUCGUAAAUAAGAUUAGAUUUUUUACGGAGAAGGUAGAAGAUUAUAAUUUAGCGUUAAUAUGUUGUUCUGAAACUGGUAUGCAUCAUCAUAUCGUUGACCAGUUUUCUAAAUAUGUUCAUGUCACUGAUGGACUUAGCACUGUUGCAAUGGAGACCAUUUAUCGUGAAUUAUGUCCAAAGAUUACAUGCGUAACUUCUGAAUUAUCUGGACAAGGAAAAACAAAAUUUAUUGAGCAGGAAAGUUCUAAAAAUGACAAAAACUUAGUUUCAUUUCUCAUCAGUGAUGGAGUGAGUUACAAUUCGCUUAUUAGACAACUUAAAAAUUCCCAUAUUCAACAAGAUAAUAGUCUUCAUAUAAACAUAAUAUCUGCCGAUAAUCCUGGAGAAGUCAAUAUAUUCUUGUUUCAAUUGUUAACACUGGGAAUGAUUUCAAACAACGCGGAUAUUAUAAGUCUUCCAGAUACCUAUAUAUUUAUUGAAAUAGCUGGUAAUCUUCUGUUUAAAUCCCUACCAUUCAUUAAUUGUUUAAAUAAUAUGCAUUUAGUAUGGAAUAUUGGUAGAUUGAUGGUACCCAAAGAUAUACACAGUCCAAUUCAAAUCGUUUGCCAUUAUUUGGAUCUUUAUGAUAAGAAGGAGCUUGAUAAAAAAGAUGUAAUUUACCAAUCACGUGAAUAUAAUACCGUUAAAGAACCGCUUGAUCAAGUACUUUGUCAAACGCUAUUGGAUAAAUAUUUCUUUAAAAGGGUUGAUCCUUGUAUAUUGUCUUUUAGGUUUUUAGAAAUUUUUGUAAAUGUGCUUUCUGAUCAAUUAUUAAGGUUAUCAGGAAGCUCCUUCUUCAACGUUGAAGUUUUGAAAUUUAUGACUAAUCAUAUUAAUAUUCGAUCAACAUUAUUUAAUACAUUACUUGAUGUUUCAAAUGAUUUUGCUGCAAAAUCAACCAAAACAAAAUCUGCGCAAUUACAAUCUAUUUCCAAUAAAGCCGCCGAAGUGGAUCAAUUAGAGAAUCUAGUUCAUUGGGAUGAUUCUAAUCAUCUUUUGGUAUUCUUUCUGUCUCAAUCCCCUGAAUCAAUUAGUGCUUUAUAUCGUAACAAAAACAUAGUUCCAAAUAAUGUUUUAGAAUUGCUAAAAAGCCAAAGAUGGGAAUUAGUAGAUUAUCAAACCUUGUCCUCAGAUGAAUUAUUAACCAUAUUAGAAAGUUUGGCUCGAAAAACAAUGCAUAUUAUUAUUUAUCAACCAUAUGCUUUAUCAGCGGAUAAUUUGUUGAAAAUGGCAUUGAUGUUAUUGAGAACAAGAGCCAAUAUUCCUACGAGCUUAAUUAGUUUCUUGGCUAAGGUUGUAGAAGUGGAAUUUGACUCACUAAAUCUUCAUGCUGGUGUUACAGAAAAAGCUAUCAAAGAUUUCAUGACGAUAUCUGGUAAAAAAGCCGCAACUAAAGAGAUUUGGUUGUUUUUUGAUGAAAUAAACACUUGUAAUCACAUAGGAUUAUUGGCAGAGCUUAUUGCUCAUCGGAAGCUUGAUGGAAAGUCAAUCCAUUCAAAUAUUCGACUAUUUGCCGCCUGCAAUCCAUAUCGUAUUCGAAAUAAGAGUGUUAGUAAUGUUGGAUUGAAACCAAAAAAGAUCGUAUUUGAACAUCUAAAAAGCAGCCUCGUUUAUGAAGUUAAACCUCUUCCGGAUCAAAUUUUAGAUUACGUAUGGGACUAUGGUAUACUUCAAUCGAAAGAUGAAAAGAUUUAUAUUCAAAUAAUGGUACAAGAGGCGAAAUUAGAUCCCAUUUUUGCGGAAUUGUUAUUUGCAUCACAAAACUUUAUUCGUAAUGUUGAAGAACCUUAUAGUGUAAGUUUGCGUGAUGUUAAAAGGGCCAUUAACUUGUUCAAUUUUUUCAAUAAAAGUCUUCUAACACGACAAAAUGAGAAGAAAAAAUAUCCCGAUAACUCUGUGGAGAUUGAUACCCGAUCUUAUGUUUUAGCAUUAGGUUUAUGUUAUCAAUCUCGCUUAUAUGAACGUGAGUUAAGAAGAAGAUAUCGUGAAAUGAUGUGUAAAAUAUUUGGAAAUAUGAAAGAAACUCGUUUUAAUGACAUAAUUAGAGAUGAGCAAAUGGACUAUAUGAAAAGAAUGCAUUGUCCACCAAAUAUCGCAUUUAAUGAAGCAUUAUUGGAGAACGUAUUGGCUGCUAUUGUUUGCAUAAUGUGUAAAAUACCAUUAUUCAUAGUUGGUGCUCCAGUUGGAUUGGCUGAAAUAAGUCCUUAUAACCCUUUGAAAGUUCUUCAUUCAUUGUUGGAGCCAAGUUAUCCGGUUGAAUGUCCUACCGUUUCAGUAAUUGGAAUUUCAAAUUGGCGACUGGAUAACAGUAAAAAUAGCAGAGCAUUAUUAGUUCAAAGACCGAAUUUUGAUUUGGUUGAUCUUGUUGAAACGGCUGCUUGUUUGCAUAUUCAUCCUGAUUUCAGAUGCAUUCUGGUUCUUGAUGAAAAGAAAUUAAAAAAUGCAGAUCCACCACUUUUAAAUCGAUUUGAAAAACAAAGGAUGUCAAUAAACGAUAUUCUUAAUAAAGGUGAAAAAGAAUUAUUCAAUCAACUUCAAGAAUGGACCUGGCAAAUGUCAACUAUUGCAGGAACAGCGGGAACAAAAUUUACUAUAAAUGAUUUGUUUAUUGGCUUCAAUAAGGAAGAGACAUUGCAAAGCUUAAUAAUUGAUAUCAAGAAAAAAGAUCCUAUGAUGAGAGAUCGUGAUAUACUUAAAAAGUGCAAGGAAAAUCUAAUCGCAAUUGCUACACCUGAUGGAAUGGUUCGAAUUGAAAGAUCUACUUUGGAAUUUGAAGAAAUUCAACAUUGGAAAAAUGUAUAUUUCCAAGUUCAACAUCAUAAUGGCAUAGCAGAUUAUUUCCAAGAUUUGUUGCAGGGAAAAACUGUGAAAGUCAAUCAAGAUGGUCAUUUAGUCAUAAUUAACACGAUUUCCAACAUCAACACAGAUUGUCCUUCGAUUCGCAAUGAAAUUAUUAUGAAUGAUGAAUUAGCAUAUAAAGGUAGUUUCGAACAACAUAUUGUGAAUGAAGUUACUAGCUUAAUGCUUAAAAAGAUUAGUGAAUGUAAAGAAAUUGUUGAAUUGCAACUCGAAAUUAGAAAUGUUCUGAAUCUUUGUGAAAACAUCUCUAACUUUAAAAGGACAGUGUCUUUUCAAUUAUUACACUUUUGCAAUGAUCUAUUAUCAAAUGAAUCUAUACCAUUGGAGAUUAUUAAAGAGAUUAUUGAGUUUAGAGGUGAAGAAGAAAUAUUCACAAAAAUAUAUAUUCACAAAGUCUUUGAAAUUCUUCGCAACAUUAAAAACAUCGAACCAAAUAAGUUAUUAUGUGCAAAGCAAUCGUACGUAAUGACGAGCUUGGAAAUUAUUCCUUUCGGUUCACCUUCUAGGUUGGAACUUUAUCAAACUUUAUUCUUGGAAAACCCUUUCCCUCUUAUGGGACAAAUCAUUAAAAGUGUAUUUGAGAAUGAAAAUAAACUUGAACAUUUCGAAUUUUUGACUUGGUUAGAUAAUCCUAGUAAAAUUUUAGAUUCACCAUUAUUUACAAUUAUCAAUACUUGCCUUAAUGUUAAAGGUUACCAUUCUCCAAUAGCAGCAUUAUUCUGUGAUGUUAUACAGAAAACAUACUUUGCACGAUACGAUUUGAUUGAAUUAUCACCUUAUUUUCAUUGUGCAAUUGAAGCCUUAAGUAAUGAUAAUGUUGAGGGUUUAUGUAAGGUAACAGCGAUUGCGCUCCUGAAAGAAUUUGUUCAUAAAUUUUGGAGUACCUUGAUUCAGGAUAAAAUAUUAAGACCGGUUGAGUUGGAUUACAAAGGUUUUGAUGAAUUAAUUAAUCAAAUAAAUCAUGAUUUGAGUUUAUCUUUUAGUUUAGUUGAAUCAUUAAAAUUUUAUUUUCUACGAGAUCUACGUGAUAGAGAAUAUUCCAUGGAUGAUGUCCAAAAAUUUUGUCUUGCUCAAAAGUAUAAAUUACCAUGGCUGGAAAAUUUACCUUGGGAAUUUAGUCGAUUACAAUUUAAUGUCUAUUAUACCUUUAAAGAUUAUAAUGCUGUGGAUAAUUGUUUCACAAUAUUGCUAUAUAAUAAUAGUAUAGAACAAUUUGAUGAAUUCUUAAAUAAAAUUUCAAAGAAAGAAGAGAUGAGUGCUAGAAUUUCACUUAUGGGAGGUAUUCUUAAUCGACUUCAUAUUAUAAGAGCGACUAGAGAGUGGAAACGUGAGGAGAAUCAAGCUUCUAAAUUAUUGAAAGAAAAAAUCGGGAAAAUAAGCCAUUUAUCUAACAUUUAUAAGAGGGUUGUUGACAACGUAAUCACAAACAGAAAUUUUAUAUUGCAACUUGAUACGAAUGUUAGUAACUCGGAUUUAUUAAUAAAAUCUGUCAUCGGGAACGUUAUAGCAUUGCACUCGUCUAUUCCUGCGGAGUCAUCACCAUUAGCAUAUUUGUUGCAAAACUUGAGUGGUUGUGGUGGAUCUACUAGAGCACUUACAUUCAUGGAAGAGCCCUAUUUUAUUCAGGAAAAUACCGUUUCAUCAUCAACUUCAGAUGCAAAUAAUUCUGCAGAAA